AUGGAGAGUUACCUGAUGGCACUGAGUCUGUCGCUGAUCAUCACACCACUCACUACAGGCCUGGACUACGGAGAGCUGCGUCUGUCUGGAGGCCGACUGCCCAGUGAGGGCCGGCUGGAGGUUUACUAUGACGGAGAAUGGGGAACCGUGUGUGACGAUGGCUGGGACAUCACUGACGCCCACGUUGUCUGCCGCAGCCUUGGUUACCUCAACGCCACGGAGGCAACUAUUGGAGGUGUCUUCGGAUCAGGAUCAGGCUCCAUCCUGCUGGACGAUGUGUCCUGCAAGGGAACUGAGAGUUCACUCGCCCACUGCAAGACCAAAGGAUGGAAGGUCCACGACUGCCAACACUCGGAGGAUGCUGGAGUUCGCUGUGACCCCCGGCAGGCAGGAGAACUGCCCACCUACCGCCUGGACCAGAUGUUGGAACUGCAACAAUCCCUCAACAAGCUGUACCUGAGCCAGAAACACUGCCAGGUGAAGAUCCUGGUGCAGACAGCGCGCAAGGGCCCCGUGAAGCUGCAUUUGUGUGCCCACCGUCUCAUCCUGGGUCUGAGCAACGACGGAAACCUCAUCAGUGAGAACAAAAGCAGCGGCAUCCAGAUCACAGUCAAACAGGACUGCCUGCCCUAUGUCGAGGACUUCAUCAGGUACUUUUACACCAAGAAAAUCGACAUCAACUUGUCUUCAGUCAAAUGCAUCCACAACAUGGCCUCAGACUAUGGGGUGACUGCCAUCCGGAAUUACUGCGAUAAACUCUUCUACAAACUCCUUCCCCAGGACCCAUCCUUCCAACACCAGCUGGAGCUCUACAACUACGCUGAGGCGGUCAAGGACCCCCUGCUGAAGGAGAUUUGCCUGGAGUAUUUUGCCUGGAACUGUGAGUCGUUCAUCCGAUCACCAACGUGGUAUGAGUUCACUGGCGAUCAGCUCAACACCUUGCUGCUCAGGUCAGACAUUGUCAUUUGGAACGAGCUGACCCUGUUCAAAGCUGUGGAGAGCUGGAUCAUCAAUAAGAAGAAAACGGAGCUCACACACGAACUCAUGGAUAAAAUCCGUUUCCACAUGAUCUCGCCUGAGGACCUCUCCAAAAUACAACUGCAGUCAUUACUUUAUGAAGAACAUGACAGCUUCUUCCUGAAGAGAUUCCUGAAAGCCUUUGAGUUCCACUCAGUGUCCGUGGAUCAGUUGAACAGGGAGAGACAUGCCUCCGACCUCAGCCUCGAGCCCAGAAUCUACACGUCCUCGGAGUGGAGUGCAGCACUGCACGUGGACACAGGCAGACAGGUCCACAGUUCCUCCUCCACCUACUACAACGGGUACCAGUAUGUCCAUCAGGUCAGCUUCACCCAGCCUUCCUCUCCCACCAUCUCCUUCCAGACCAACAAGUACACCAGCUCAUUCUACGCCUCAGAGAACAUCCUUUGGACAGCAUAUUACCACCUGAGUGCUCAGAGCUGCAAGAGCAGCAGUGUGCCCUGCCCAUACACUAUCUAUCCCAUCGCCACUCUCAACACCAGGAGCUACAGCAAGGAAAGCCACAUCCGCUACCACAACAAGGUUCUGCUCCUGUGCAGCAACCAUUACGUGUCCUAUGUGCACGAUGUGAAGGAGAACAAUGCGCUGCUGCCGUCCUUCAAGGGACAGGGACUCUUCUUCUUCGGCUGUGAGUCUGGCUUCUUCUCCACACUCAGAUUCGUCAUCAGACCCAUCUACAACUGA